GUAGAAACUAGAAAGUUCCGGGGUAAGCUGCGCGAAGGUCGUAUUCAACAGAGUCCUCGAGUCGCAUGUGAUAGUGCUGUAACUAGUCUGUCUUUUAAAGUAUUAUUUGACGAUUUUUGAAGGGACGAUAGUGAAAAUGCCAAGGGGAAGCCGCAGCCGCUCAUCAAGGAUGGCUCCACCGAGCUAUUCGGCUCCGCCACCACCUAGACCUGCUCCUCCACCACCAUCCUAUGCCCCAGCCCCUCAUCACGCACCUCCAUCGGCCAUGGCUGCUCCAGCCGCGGCCCCUAGGCAGCCCGGAAUGUUCGCCCAGAUGGCCACUACAGCGGCCGGGGUGGCUGUGGGCUCGGCCGUGGGCCACACAAUAGGACACGCCAUGACUGGAGGCUUUGGCGGCGGUGGAGGACAGUCUGAGCCUGCCCGGCCUGAUGUGACCUACCAGGAGCCCUACCAGCAGCAGCCCUAUCAGCAGCAGCCCUACCAGCAGCAGCCCAUGUAUCAGCAGCAGCAGCCCAUGUACCAACAGGAGCAGUCCAUGUUCCAACAGGAGCCUACCCAGCAGCAGGGCGCCUGCGCAUACGAACUGAAGCAGUUUAUCGAAUGCGCUCAGACCCAGAGUGACCUGAAGCUCUGCGAGGGAUUUAGCGAAGUGCUGAAGCAGUGCAAGUUAUCCAGUGGCUUAUCGUGACCACGUGACCUGAAGAUGCUGAACCUGCAACCAUGAAUACCAGAACACACAAUAACCCAAUAAAUGUAUAAAUGCAUAGCCUGGCAAACCUGUUUUGUGAUGACAAUGACUUACCAUCAAAGCAUUCAGUUAUAUCUUGGAGAUCUCACCUGCUUGUGUGACCUGAUAGUCUUAUGACCUAGUUGAUUUAUAUUUAUAUGCUUUUUUUUUUUUAGACUUAAUGUACAUGAUGAUUCAAAAUUAAAAUGAGGCCGUACCAUGCAAAGUUGGCUCUCUGCAUGUCUUUCUUGACGUGAUGCAGCAUCGCACUCAUUCACGACUAGACUAAUUUUAAACCAACAUCUGGGUCAUCCGCAACCACCUUACUGGUUUUACCUUACUCAACCAGCAAGGUAUGGUCCCUGUAGGAUCUUCUGCUUUUUUAAGCAUAUAAUUGUGUGAUUGUGGUGUCUUCUUUUAAGCAUAGGGAAGCUGGAUGUUUUGCCAAUAACUUUCUCCCGGACAGUCUUACCAGUGUUUUGACAAAAAAAUAAAGGGAGAGAAAAAGUUA